GUGUUCACCGCGCAGAUGUCGAGGGGGGUUGCCGAAGCAAAAUAGCCGCUUUCGCAGACGAAGACAACACCGUUUUAAAAUAAAUUAAUGUAAUUCAAGCUUAGAUGAUACGCUUUGUUGUUCGUAUCAAUGAAAACAUCGGGUUACGUAAAUGAACUUUGAAUUAGUGAUAACGCGAGGCUGAUAUGAACGUUAUUUCGGAGAUAAUGACCCUAGUGAAGUAAAGCGAAUGUUUAUGACUACGGGCGUGGCAAAACAGUAAAUAUUAGUCAUAUACACAAGUUCGUUAGGUGUCACUAUCAAAUUUGAAAAACCUGUAGAAGUGGUCAGGUUUGAAUUGGAACCGGCAAAUACAAACUUAACGGCAAGUGUUCUGUUUGUAGUUAUUAUUUAUUGCUGAACAGAAUGUGUGGUUAGAGGACUUGAAAAAAUUCUUGUAUGCUCAUAACGAUGAUAAUUUAGUGCGCGUAUGUCUAAUUUUUUGUGUUUUUCUACAACAAUGAGUGCCAAUAAUGUUAAUGCUCAAGUAUCAACAACUCAAACACAAGCAACUGCUACGAUAAAGUCACGUCCAAAUAUUAUGCCAAGUAGUUACAUGUACACGUCUAGUUCGGGACUAUUGAACCGAAGUAACGAAAACAAACCCACUCCUCCCCCAACAUUACCAAAAUAUACAUCGAGUUUUAAUGCAGGAAGUGGCUUCCGUGAUAGAGAUAAAGACAGUAUUGGAGGUUCCUAUCGUCUUUCGAGUUUAGAUAGGUUAGGUCUGAGACAGAAAUAUUUAGAUCAAGGACCCACGAAUAAUUCCACCCCUAAUGGAACAAUAACACCCACGAACGGUAGUGAAUCACAAACAACCACAACAACGCAAAGUAAAAGAGAAAUGUUUUUCAAUUCCACAAAUACAAUCGAAUCACCUGCUAUUCCUCCAGCAACCAAAGACUCCAAUCGAUUCAAUAAAAGCGGACUGGAUAAACCUCCCGAACCCCCAGCGAAACCGGUAAUAUUGGACAAUAAGGAAGAUUCAAAUAAAGAAAAAGAGGUAAAAGAAAAGGACUCAGCUGAAGUAAUAAAGGAAAGACCAAAACCUAGAGAAUUGGAUGGAUAUGUGGGUUUUGCUAAUUUACCUAACCAAGUGUACCGAAAAGCUGUCAAGAAAGGUUUUGAAUUUACUUUAAUGGUUGUGGGCGAAUCUGGCCUUGGAAAAUCAACAUUAAUCAACUCGAUGUUCUUGACAGAUAUUUACCACCCAACCGAAUAUCCUGGACCUACACAGAGACUUAAAAAGACUGUAGCUGUAGAGACCACAAAAGUACUGCUCAAAGAAAACGGCGUUAAUUUAAUGCUCACAGUAGUUGAUACACCAGGUUUUGGUGAUGCUGUAGACAAUAGUAACUGUUGGGUUCCCAUUAUUGAGUACAUCGAAUCUAAAUAUGAAGAUUACCUCAAUUCAGAGGCCAGAGUAACACGAAAACAAAUCCCAGACCAAAGAGUUCACUGCUGUUUGUACUUUAUACAACCAUCAGGACAUGGGCUUAAAUCAUUGGACAUUGAGUUUAUGAAACGCUUAUGUGAUAAAGUUAAUAUAAUUCCUAUAAUUUCUAAAGCAGAUACACUAACAUCAGACGAAUGUAAUUUGUUCAAGAAACAAAUCAUGAAUGAAAUUGCUCAAAACAAAAUCAAAGUUUAUGAGUUUCCAGAAACUUCAGAAGAAGAUGAGGAGCACAAAAUUAAUAAAUCAUUGAGAGAUAGAGUCCCCUUUGCAGUGGUGGGCUCUAAUGCAGUAAUUGAAAUUGAUGGUAAAAAAUUGAGAGGCCGCAGGUAUCCAUGGGGAAUAGCAGAGGUGGAAAAUCUUGAACACUGUGAUUUUAUAGCCCUUAGAAAUAUGGUAAUACGCACACAUCUUCAAGACUUGAAGGACGUUACAAACAACGUUCAUUAUGAAAAUUAUCGAUGCCGCAAAUUGGCUGGACUUGGGGUUGAUGGGAAAAUGUCCAAAAUCUCAAACAAGAAUCCAUUAGCCCAAAUGGACGAAGAGAAACACAAUCAUGAUCUCAAAAUGAAGCAGAUGGAAGCCGAAAUGGAACAGGUCUUUGAGAUGAAAGUGCGCGAAAAGGUUCAAAAACUAAAAGACAGCGAGGCUGAAUUGACCAGAAGACAUGCAGCAACAAAGAAGAGUUUGGAACAGCAAGCAAAAGAAUUAGAAGACAAAAGGAAGCAGUUUGAAAUGGAGAAGCAACAGUGGGAACAAGAAAACCAGAUAACCAUUGAAGAAUUGCGAAGGAGAUCUUUGGAAGGUAGCAGAGAGACCAUGGAUGGAAAGAAAGACAAAAAGAAAAAAGGGUUAUUUUAAUUAUAAAUUGAUAUUCUUGAAAACUACAGAUGUAGGUAGAAGUCAGGAAAUGUCGAAUAAACAUUAUUUUUAAGGAUGA